AUGAGUCCAAAAGCCAUUGGGUUUUGGAAAGCUGAACAAACUCUGAUCAAUCUUUUCAACCAGUGUUCCACCAGUAACCAUUUGAAACAGAUACAUGCUCGUAUUGUCCUAUCUGGUUUUCAUCACAACCUUAUUCUCGCAGGAAAGAUUAUCAUCUUUUCUUCAGAUAUCAAUUACGCACUUUCUGUUUUCCACACUAUUCAUAAACCAGAUGCUUUUCUUUGGAAUUCCAUCAUCAGGGGUUUUGGGAAUUCAACCCAACCUCUUAAUGCUAUUCAUUUCUUCAAAACUAUGCAGCUUGCAAGGGAAUAUGUCAUUCCUGAUACCUUUACUUUUUCUUUCUUGCUUAAAAUUAUUGCUAGAUUACGAUUACUUACCUUGGGGAACCAACUGCAUUCUACUCUCUUUAAGUUUGGUUUUCAAUCUCAUACUCAUGUUACCAAUUCUCUCAUGCAUAUGUAUGGUAUGUUCAAGGAUAUACAACUUGCACGCCACUUGUUUGAGGAAAUGCGUAAACCGGAUUUAGUUGCAUGGAAUUCUAUUAUUGAUUGUCACGUGUAUUGUGGAAAUUACAAUGAAGCUCUUGAUUUGUUCACCAAAAUGCAAUUGCAACCUGAUGAUGCAACUUUGGUAGUCAUCCUUUCGGCUUGUGGUGCAAUAGGAGCAUUUCAUUUUGGGAGGAAGGUUCAUUUCUUUAUACGAGAUAAUACUAGUACUAAUAAUUUUGCUGAAAGUAUAACAGUCUUUAAUGCCGUUGUUGACAUGUAUGCAAAGUGUGGUGCUGUGGAAGAAGCCUAUGAAACAUUUAGCAACAUGAAAAGGAAGAACUUAGUUUCGUGGAAUGUCAUGAUUCUCGGGCUUGCUUACCAUGGUAAUGGAGAAGAGGCUUUAGUGCUUUUUACAAGAAUGCUGCGAGAGAAUGUUGAGAGACCGAAUGACGUUACUUUCUUGGGAGUCUUGUGUGCUUGUAGUCACGGAGGAUUGGUUGAUGAAGGAAGACGGUAUUUUGAUAUUAUGAAUCGAGAAUAUAACAUCCAACCAACAAUAAAGCAUUAUGGGUGCAUGGUGGACAUUUUGGGUCGUGCUGGUUUAGUCGUGGAAGCAUACAAAUUGAUAGAGAACAUGCCUGUAGAGUGCAAUGCUAUUAUAUGGAGGACAUUGUUAGCUGCAUGUCGAAAUUAUGGAAAUGUUGAACUUGGUGAGAAGGUAAGAAAACAUCUAUUGGAAUUGGAACCAGACCAUAGCAGUGAUUACGUUCUUCUUGCUAACAUGUAUGCAAGCACGGGUCAAUGGAAUGAAAUGAGCAAACAGAGAAGGUCAAUGCAAGAAAGGAGAGUUCAGAAAGCAGAGCCUGGUAAUAGCUUUAUUGGCAUUCCUGGAGUGAAGCUGGAGAAAGAAACGAGUGAAAGAUUGCCGUAA